CGGGGCGGGCGGGCGCUGCCCGCUCCCCGUCUCCGCCCUCGGGGAGGGGGAGCGCGGUGCCGGGGCGAGCAGCGGGUGAUGGGGAAGAGGCGAGCGCAGUGCUGAGGUCCUCCGGGGCCGGAUGAGCCGAGGCUUGGCGCCGCGGCGGUGGCGGGGCUGGAGGAGGGGGCGAAGGAGGCUGUAGGGGCGGCCCCCGCUCCGGCUGCCCUGAGGGGAAGGUGCCCCCGACCAUGGAAAUCGAGAACAUCGUGGCCAACACGGUGCUGCUGAAAGCCCGGGAGGGCAAACGGAGUGGGCGUAGUAAGAAAUGGAAAGAGAUGCUGAAGUUGCCCCCUGUCAGUCACUGUGAGGGUAUUCGGUGCUCCAUUGAAAGAGACUAUAACCAGCUUUGUGACAAACAGCCAAUAGGAAGACUUCUCUUCAGACAGUUCUGCGAUUCCAGACCAGAUUUGAAAAGAUGCAUUGAAUUUCUGGAUGCAGUGGCAGAAUAUGAGGUAUCUUCAGACGAAAAGCGUAUAGACUGUGGCCUCAAAGUUUUAGAGACGUACUUCACUAAUGGGUCUGCAGCACACUUGCCAGAAAUACCUCAGGAAACAGUAAAUGAAUGUAAAGCAAGACUGGAAAAGAACCCUUCUAAGGAUCUUUUCAUGGACUGUACUAGAAUUGUCCAUGAAUACCUAAGCAAAAGACCUUUUGAAGCUUACCAGGAGAGUGUGUAUUUUUCCCGUUUCUUGCAGUGGAAAUGGCUGGAAAAGCAGCCAGUAACCAAACACACGUUUAGGCAUUACCGAGUACUCGGCAAAGGUGGAUUUGGAGAGGUGUGUGCCUGUCAAGUACGGGCAACAGGAAAAAUGUAUGCUUGCAAAAAGCUAGAAAAAAAGAGAAUAAAGAAGAGGAAAGGAGAAUCAAUGGCUCUAAAUGAAAAAAGGAUUCUAGAAAAAGUGAAUAGUAGGUUUGUAGUUAGUUUAUCCUAUACAUAUGAGACGAAAGAUGCCCUGUGUUUAGUAUUAACCAUAAUGAAUGGAGGGGAUCUGAAGUUUCACAUAUAUAACAUGGGAAAUCCUGGCUUUGAUGAAGAAAGGGCAAUUUUCUAUGCUGCAGAACUGUGCUGUGGUCUGGAGGAUUUGCAAAGGGAGAGAAUUGUUUACAGAGACUUGAAGCCUGAGAAUAUACUUCUUGAUGACUGUGGACAUAUCAGGAUUUCAGAUCUUGGAUUAGCUGUGCAGAUUCCAGAAGGUGAAACUGUCCGAGGACGUGUUGGGACUGUUGGUUACAUGGCUCCAGAAGUGCUUAAAAACGAAAAAUAUACAUUCAGUCCGGAUUGGUGGGGUCUUGGCUGUUUGAUUUAUGAAAUGAUUGAAGGACAGUCUCCAUUCAGGAAGCAUAAGGAAAGAGUCAAACGCGAUGAGAUUGACCGUAGAGUAAAGGAAGACCAGGAAACAUACUCAGACAAGUUUUCAGAGGAGGCAAAAUCCAUCUGCAGGAUGUUACUUGCUAAAAAUCCAGUGGAACGACUGGGUUGCACUGAAGGAGGAGCUGCUGUUGUAAAGCAACAUCCUAUUUUCAAGAACAUCAACUUCAAGAGGCUGGAAGCUAACAUGUUAGAACCUCCCUUCUUGCCAGAUCCACGUGCCGUUUAUUGUAAAGAUGUCCUGGACAUUGAGCAGUUCUCUACAGUAAAAGGAGUGAACCUGGAUACCACAGAUGAUGACUUCUAUUCCAAAUUUGUGACAGGUUGUGUCUCAAUCCCUUGGCAAAAUGAGAUGAUUGAAACGGGAUGCUUUGAAGAUAUCAAUGCAUAUGAAACUGAUGGUACUGUGUCACCAGACAGAGAGAAGUCUCCUAAGCCAAAGAGAGGCUUCUUUCACAGACUUUUUAGUGGAGAGGUCUGCUUUAAAUCUGAUUGCAGUGAUGAUGAGCAGGAGUCCUCCAGACUUUAAAUCAUUUUAUGCUCAUCAGAAAGGAUGAGCAAAUGUUAAAUGUUUUAUAUCUCUGUAGCAAAUUGUAUUAUAUAUAUUUUUUAUCUGAGUUCAAGGAUUUUUGUACAUUUGUACUUCAUUUGUUUUAAGAUGUAUAUUUUCACUAAAGCUUAAUUGUACAAAAA